CACCAAUCUUGUAUCAAACACAAAGGCGAGAGAGAAACAGAAACAGCCUGAAGAUGUCUCUGAGAGAGUUUGGAGAGUUAGAAAACAUGCCCACCGUUACACUCAGCAGUGGCUACGAGAUGCCGGUCAUCGGCCUCGGCCUCUGGCGUCUGGAGAAGAACGAGCUCAAAGACACCAUCUUAAAUGCUAUUAAGCUUGGCUAUCGCCAUUUUGACUGUGCUGCCCAUUACAAGACUGAAGCAGACGUUGGGGAAGCACUUGCAGAAGCAUUCAAGACUGGACUUGUCAAGAGGGAAGAACUUUUCAUUACUACCAAGGUUUGGAAUUCAGACCAUGGGUAUGUGGUUGAGGCCUGUAAAAACAGCCUUAAGAAACUUCGGCUAGAUUAUCUGGAUCUCUACCUAGUUCACUACCCAUUGCCCACGAGGCAUAAUGCCAUUGGUCAAACUGCCAGUCUUUUGGGCAAGGACAAGGUGCUGGACAUAGAUGUAACAAUUCCCCUUCAACAAACUUGGGAGGGCAUGGAAAGGACCGUCUCUUUGGGCUUAGUUCGUAGCAUUGGUCUCAGCAACUACGACCUUUUUCUAACCAGAGAUUGCUUGGCUUACUCCAAAAUAAAGCCUGCAGUGAGCCAAUUUGAAACUCACCCCUACUUCCAGCGCCACUCUCUCGUCAAAUUCUGCUUGAAACACGGUGUUCUUCCCACAGCUCACACCCCUCUCGGAGGUGCUGCGGCCAACAAGGAUAUGUUUGGUUCAAUUUCACCUUUGGAUGAUCCAGUUCUCAAUGAUGUGGCUAAGAAGUACGGAAAGACUGUGGCACAAAUCUGUCUGAGGUGGGGAAUUCAAAGGAAAACAGCAGUGAUUCCAAAGUCAUCAAAAAUUCAGAGAUUGAAAGAGAAUUUGGAGGUUCUUGAAUUCCAGCUGAGUCAUGAAGACAUGGAGGUCAUAAACAGUAUAGACAGGAAAUGUCGUACCAGUCUACCUUCCAAGACUUGGGGCUUAGAUGUGUACGCAUAAGCAUGGAAUUCAAAAUCCUCCGACUUGCUGCUCCUGCAACUUCUUCAAAGGGUGUUAAACAGAAGCGAAAUGGAAAGUAUCGUGAACCUUAGUUACAAUAAACUUAGCUUUAUAUAAUUUUCCCAAGCUCGUCUAUCUGCUAGUUCAAAAACUUCAGUAUUCAGCCUUUGUAUUGGGCAUUGCAAAUUAGAAUAUAUAAUAAAAUGAAUGCCAUUGUAAUUUUCUUUUGUAUUAAUAAAUGAGUGAUAAAAUAAAGUGUAAAAAUUACAUAUUGCAUAA